AUGGCAUCUGCACCGACAACUCCAGGCGGCGGCCUCGACCGCUACGUGGUCAUCCACGUAGCUACCACAUGUGACGAGCACGGUGUCUAUGUGACAAAGGAUUCGGCAGAAGUGAUUGAGCUGGGCUGGAUUCUGCUCGACUCCAAGAACUGCGACGAGCUCCACCGCGAGAGUGUUCUCGUCAAGCCCGUCAACACGCCCAUCACCCCACUCUGCACCAGCCUUACAACGCUUACCUGGGAGCACGUCCGCAACGCAGGCUCUUUCCGCGAUGCCAUCAACCGCUUCGACCAGUUCGCCCAGGAACACCUCGUCAAGAACAACCACGAGUUCGCCUUUGUCACCCUCGACUCGUGGGACCUCCGCGUUCAGCUGCCCCGCGAGGCCCGCGACAAGGCUGUCGUCCUCCCUCCGUACCUGCAGCACUCGCGCACCUUCGACCUGCGCACCGAGUACCAGAGAUGGCAGGCCCACCACCCCGAGUCGCUGCCCUUCGGCUCCAGCGCCCUGACCAACAUCUGUGCCGCCCUCGAGGUUGAGCCCGUCCAGUCGUCGGCCCCCAUCAAGCACAACCUGCCCUUCCACCUGCAGGCUCUCGCCCCCGCCUCGCCUCGCCGUGCCAUGGAGGAGGCCGUCACUCUUGCCAGAGUCCUCCGUGGUCUGAUCCGCAAGUCUCAGCCUCCCCACGAGCACCCCGAUGUGCUCACUCGCCCCAUGGACGCCCGCGCAGAUGUACGUGCCUUCCUGUCUGAGCGCAGCAAGGUCCUCCACAUGAGCGGUCUCCCCCACGACACCACUCAAUCCGAGCUGGAGAGCUGGUUUACGCAGUUUGGUGGUAGACCCAUCGCUUUCUGGACCCUUCGCACCCCCGACCAGCACAAGCCUACUGGCACUGGUUUCGCCAUCUUCUCCUCCCACGAAGAGGCCGCCGAGUCUCUCUGCAUGAACGGCCGCGCACUUAACGAGAAGGCCAUCGAGGUCUCGCCCUCUUCUUCCCGCGUCCUCGACCGUGCCGCAGACAUCCUGACUGCCUUCCCUCCCAGCAAGAACCGCCCUCGCCCUGGUGACUGGACAUGCCCCUCAUGUGGCUUCUCCAACUUCCAGCGCCGUACUGCUUGCUUCCGCUGCUCCUUCCCCGCCAUGGCUGCAGCCCCUGACCCAAUGUACGGCUACGGCUACGGCCACCCUGGCAUGAUGGGUCCUCCUGGACACCACAUGGGCCACCACCACAUGGGUGGCGGCGGUAUGCGUGGUGGCGGUUCCACUCACGUUCCUUUCCGUGCUGGUGACUGGAGAUGCGGUGCUGAAGGCUGCAACUACCACAACUUUGCCAAGAACGUCAGCUGUCUUCGCUGUGGUGCCUCUCGUGCAAGCGCUGCCUUGGUCGCCGACUCCAACUUCCAGCAGGAUGGUUCCCAAGGCUUUGGAAUGGCUCCUCCCUCCAUGGCUGGCACUCCUGGACCUGCCCCCUAUGCUCCUCAGCAAGGAAACUUCAACUCUGCCGGCAACUUCCCUGGCCAGAGCUACGGUGGUCCCCAGUCGACCUACGCUCUUCCUUCUGGCCUUGGUGCCGGAACCUCUCCCUACCCUGCCAUGAGCUCCGCCUACAGCCACAACGCUGGCAUGCACUCUGGCGGUUUCGACAGCCGUGCCGAGGCCGCUUUCUCCGGAGGUCAGAACAACUCCUCUUUCUCCAACGGCGGCGGCAUGUACCCCGGUGAGCAGGCCACUCCCGACCCAUUCACCUUCCUGAGCAGCGGUCUUAGCGGUCUCAGCGUUUCGGAUGACGCUCGCCGCAACGGUGCCAACCCCUCCAAGUCUCCUGCAUAG